AUGGCAUCCUCUUCACAGAAAGUCUCUGGAAACUUGACUGGGAUGGAACUAGUUCCUUAUGUGCCAAAUGCAAAAACGAAAAAUGAUGAUCAGGCCCUUCUAGCUAUAGAGCAACCUCCAGUUAUGAUCUCUCUCAUAAAACAGAACUCAAGGCGGCAUGCGAGAUCACGAGCACCUCAAGUUCCAGAUGAGAUAUCGUUCAAGCUUCCGCAAAAAUGUUACGCAAAUCUUUUCGUAUCAGCGGAGAAGAGAGAAGGAGAAGCAGGCUUAAGGAACAUACUUUGGUCUGCACCUGUAGAUUUCAGACUUCCAGAGAACAAUAUGAAUCAGAUACUGAAAAGAGAUGAGGAUGUGAGAUCGACUUACGGUGUGGGGCCUUUGCCGUUGACUGAACGAUUAGCAGGGUGGAAAGUUGAAAAACGACAGCGCCCCCGUCUUGAAAGAUAUGAUAAGUUUUUCUACCACAAGUCAGGAGGGCAGUUUCGAACUUUUCCGGAAGUGGUGAGAUUCAUCAACCACGCUUCUUUGCCGAAAAGGGCGCCACAGCGAAUUAAGGCCCAAAACCAAAGCGUUUUGGCUCUGGAGGCACCUGGAUCAGAACCAUCACAAGCAGCCUCACUUAAGAGAACAAGACCACUUCCUAUUUCCAUUGGAAGCACUUCCAAUCGAUUAAAGUAUGGCACGAAAAACAAGGGUUUACGGUCUUGGGCCAACGAUUGGAAGGAUCAUCGUAAGCUCCCGGAUUCGACCAACGGGACUCGAUCGGCUUUCUUUGCCGGUAAUAGAUCGCCGCAGGUGUGUUUCACGCUUCAGAUGGUCGUGGAGUGUUUGGAGAGAGAUAAAAGAAGAUGUGCGAUUCCUAUUUCCAUUGGAAGCACCGAGCGAUUAAACUACGGCACGAAAAACAAGGGUUUACGAUCUUCAGCCAAUGGUUUCUCUGUCGGUAAUAAGUCGUCGCAGGCGUGUUUCACGCUUCAGAUGGUCACGGAGUUUUUGGAGAGAGAUAAAAAAAGACGCGCGGAUAAGAACCUCCGACACUAUGACAAGCAGAAGGAAAAGGAAAAGGAAACCGCCUCAUCGGAAGUCACUCCUCGUAUGACUCCCGAGCGGGGAAGAGAAGGUCUUCGUAGGUUCAACAAUGAAGAAUGCAAUAUGCCACAAGGAAAUCAGGCGAAUAUGAGGAAUGAGGAAGGUGAGAUCAGCAUCAUAAUCCUCUCGGACGACUCUGAACAAGAAAUUGAAGGAGAAACCAUUAUUCCGGAUUUGUUUAUCCCUGAUGAGGAUUGGGUUGGCCUUGAGGAUUUUGAAUAGUUGCAGGAUGCUGUCGAGCAGCUCUUUGCUGAGCGGGUGCAGAUCGGCCGUUCAUAUCGGCACAGACGGUUCAGAUCUAUUCUGAACGCAUACACAUCGAUCACAUACAAAUUUGAACACCGUCUAUAAGACCCGAGUCGUCGAUUGCCGAAAUGAGCGACUGGAUCGGCUACUCUACACCGCUCUACAGGGAUGCUCCCAUUCCAACUCACAGGAUUGCAAAAUGUUGUUCUAAUUUAUGUUUUCCUUCUUUUCAAAAAAUUUAUGUUUUCCUUCGAUGGAGUUUUUCUAUAUAACAUUAGUCUUGUUCUAAUUUAUGUUAUCAGGACUUAUUUU